AGACCUCUUCAGUUGACGCGAAGGAUCUAGUAGUCGAAAACUAUGCAGAUCUGAAUCCAUUGCCUGCCACCCAACACCACGUUUGCAACUGACAGGAGAAUUUCCAUCAAAACAUGUAGGACGCCUCGCUGCACGAACAGCACGGAUCUAACUUUACAUUCAGCACAAUGACCGAUGCCGCUGUCGCCGCCUAUGAAGCCGUCUUGAGGCAAGAUCGCCAAAGCCUGAUUGAAGACGACGUUCGCAGGUUUGCGUGCGACCGCUGCAGGGGCCAGAAACUCCGUUGUGAGCGUCUCCGAGCCUCCCUUGAAGAGCCACUGAGGAGUGCACCCUGCCGCCGCUGUCUAAAAGCUCGGGCCGAAUGUACUACAAGCACCCAGCCCCCGCGUAUCGAUCGGAGCCAGCACAGAACUCGCAGAGGGAGACCAGCCAGGGCUAGAGUCGGAUCGCGGGCUGAUACGGACGACGGCAGUCACGACGGCGACGAAAGCGAUGAUGACGCCGAGAACGAAGUUGAGAUGCGGGACUACGAAGAGCCCAGACUGCUCACGCCCGCGAGGUCGAGUAACGGCUCUGCUCCGCAUAAGCCGAGCACAGUCUCAUCAGGUAAUCCCGACACCACAGUUGUCUCUAGGACCUUCGUGCAGAUGCCAAUGGCAUUGGGACCGCCUUCCAAAAUCGGUUCUCCUGAUGAUACCACCAUGGACACAUCGCAGCCUCCAGGAUUGGCGGGAGUGGACGCAGGGUAUUUCGACCCUGUACACCUCUUGUUCGACCAGAACUAUAUGGAUUCAGACUGGGCCGACAUACUAGCACCAAACAAUUCUGGCUUCAACUUUGAUAUCCAAAGGUCAUCUGAUCAUGGUUCCAGUCUUGCUGGUAGGCCUGGUCAGCAUGGACAAGCACACUCUCAUGGUAACUCUGCCGCUCAGGAUGUCUCGCAUGAUGAGACCUCAGUGACAUUCCCCGAAGAGCCAACUAGCCCUCGGUCAGCACCAGCUGUACAGCGCCCUGGGAUUGAUCUGUCAACUAGAUUGACAGAGCUCAUAUCAUCCAUAUUCAACGAUAUCCUAUCAGAGCCGGUCGAACGUCAGGGAACGGCUCGAAAUAGCCGUGACAGCUGUCAAAUCAGCAGGCUCAUCGGAAAGCUCGAACAGUAUACGACCCUCCUUUCUGAAGUCUCAUCCUCGGCACGUCCGCGUCAAAUAACAAACGCUACAUCCCAAACGGGUCCAUCUAGCUCAAGAAGACAACCUUGCGAGUUCGCUCAGUCGUCCUUGGGCUCGACAUCGACAGGUUGCCCUGGUCUGCCGGCCCUCAUGACUAUGGUUGCCGCCUACAGCACGAUCUUACAGGCUUACGAGCGCGUGUUUGACGGCAUCAAGGAAGUGCUGGUUCAAAAGAGCCAGACCAAGUCAUCUCUCACAGCGCUCCUUCCGCUCUUCCAGCUGGACAAUCUCAAGUGCUCCGGCCACUUUGAUUUGAGAGUACAUAUCUCGAUGGAGGUUCUGCUCCACAUGCUCAACCAGAUAGAGGCACAGCUACACUUGAUCAUCACCACUUUGGAGACGUUUCCUGAAGCGACGAGGUCUAGUCUGGCUAAUCUGGUGCGUAGCAUGGCUUAUAACGAAGGGGAACAAACGGUAAGCGUGAGUGCGUCGGUUCGUGAGAAGAUGAACCACGUAAGGAAGUUAUUCGUCGCCAAAAAUGGAACUUUUUAGGCAUGGGUCAGAGGAUCAUCUUCUCAAGAGACAGAGCGUGUUCCAAUGUAUCAAGAGUAUGACAUCGACAGAGACCGUAUCCCCAUUAUCUUUC